AUGAUCCUGGAGGCCGUGAAGCGGAAACUGAAGGAGGAGAAGGAGCUGAGGAAUGCCCUUGCCGGCGCCAUCACGUCCACCGUGGUGUGCCCCUUGGAUGUCCUGAAGACGCGGUUGCAGGUGCAGGGCCGGGCGGCCUUUGUCGCCUCACCCUACGGCGGCAUCGGAGGCGGCCUGUCUAAGAUCGUGGCCGAGGAGGGUGUGCGCGGGUUGUACCGUGGGCUGGCCCCCACGCUGGUGGCCCUGCUGCCCAACUGGGCAGUCUACUUCACCGCCUACGAGCGGCUCAAGGUGGCCAUCGGCGCGCGCGUGGCGCCUGAGCACGCCGCCUCCCCCGGCGAGGGCCUGGCGGGCCUCUACUCCGGCCUGGGGCCGAGCCUGCUGGGCGUGGCCCACGUCGUCAUCCAGUUCCCGCUGUACGAGGCACUGAAGCAGCACUUUGCGGAGCGGCGGGGCGAGGAUGGCCGCAUCUCUACGGUGGAGCUGGUGAUCUCCAGCGCGGCCUCCAAGAUGGUGGCGGCCACGGUGACCUACCCUCACGAGGUGGUGCGCUCCCGCAUGCACGUCUCCGGCGUGGGGGCGUUCUCCGGCCUGUGGGCCACCUGCCGGCAGGUGUACGCGGAGGACCGCCUGGCGGCCUUCUACCGCGGCUGCAUGACCAACCUGCUGCGCACCACGCCCGCUGCGGCGGCGAGUGGGGGUGGGGCGGGGGCGCCGAUCCAGCCCCUGGGCCCGGGGCUGGAGCUCCGGGAGCUCAGUGCGCACACCGGCAGGCUGGAGGACGAGGGGUGA